AUGGAGAUCCCAGCAACAACCACGUCAACAAUUUGGAAUAUGCCACACAUGCCCAAAAUAUCAAGCAUUCUUACGACAACCCAGAAAGAAAUACAUGCGCGACUGCCAAUUCGAAGCCUGUUUUGGGCAGGCGCAAAGGCUGCACACACUGGCAAAGGUACCCGUCAGUCCGCGAAGCUGCAUGUCAGACAGGGUGUUCGGUAUAUUUCGUCCGUCGGUGCUGUGCAGGAGUUGCCGCUUCUACUCGAGACUGGGAAUUUCGCUUUGCAGACUGCCAGCUUGCUUUGCUUUCUGGAGAGGAGUGGCGUGCGGCACUGCAUCCACAAACAGGCAAGCCAGUUUCAUGUUGGAUGGUGA